AUGGCUAGGAAACAACCAAGGAGAAAACUAUCAGAAAUAACAAACAUACAGACAAUAAGAACACUUAAGAAGUGCGACGAGCCAGAAGUGUGCAUCAUCCAUCCAGAAGAGUCCAUUGCCGACCUGGAUGUUGUUGACAUUCCAUUGGAAGACGGAGUAUUUGGAGAUUAUCAGGUAGAAUGUCCAAGGGAGUUUAAUCUAUACAGCUCUCAUUUCUAG